ACAUGUUUCUUGUUCGUUCGUUUUCAGCUUCUGCAAUUCGCGCUCCGUGUUAGGGUUAGCGUUUACAUUUCUUGUAAUUUGCAAGUAAUAAAUAAAUUUCAAUGGCUAAACGAACCAAGAAGGUUGGUGUAGUAGGAAAAUAUGGCACAAGAUAUGGUGCUUCUCUAAGAAAAAUGGUUAAAAAGAUGGAAAUCACACAGCAUUCAAAAUACACUUGUCUAUUCUGUGGAAAAGAAACAAUGAGAAGAACUUGCGUUGGUAUUUGGAAAUGUAAAGCAUGUCAAAAGAUAGUUGCUGGUGGUGCCUAUGUGUACAGCACAACCGCUGCAGCUACUGUGAGGAGUGCUGUCCGAAGAUUGAGAGAAUUGAAAGAACAGUAAUUGUUUUAUAAAUAAAAUUAUUUAAAAAAGA